AUGCUGCUGGGACAACUGGUGCCGCUCCCUUUUCCACUUUGUCCCGCUUCUCAGUCGUUCCUCUCGGCCGCCGUCGCCACCACCACCACCAGCACCAUCACUGCGCCCCCCUCGACUUCCGGACAUGCCAGCGCCGACCUGACGAAGGCCCGCGCGCCGGAGCCCGGCUUUGUCGAGGUUGCCGAUUUGGCCGAGCUGCUUCGCUCCAGUCAUGCCUGCUCCGGUCUUGCCGGACGGCUGGUCAACUCGCUGACCGCCACUUCCGGUUGCCAUGACGUCGAGACGGCCUCGUUGCUGGCCGCGCCGCCGAGCUCGCCAGUGGCUGCUGGUCCGGCUUCGGGCCAGCGUGUGCAGUGCUACCUCUGCGACCUGCCCCGAUUCCCCUGGGCCAUGCUGACGGAGUUCAGCGAGCCGGUCUGCCGCGGCUGCGUCAACUACGAAGGCGUGGAGCGGAUCGAGCGCGUCCUGGUCCGAGCGCGCCGGUUGAAAUGGCUGCUGGUGCAUGCGGCGCCGACGACCGCCGGCGGCGGCUGCGUCGAGGCAGCCGAGCCGCCUGGCCUGGCUGGGCCGUGCCAAUUGGACGAGACGGUCAAGCGCUCUGAUUGGUCCAAUCUCGGAUCGAUCGAGUCGCUGCCGGAAGCUGGCGCGGCCAAGUCGCAGUCGACUGUCGAGGCGGCCGGCUCGUCAGUUCACCGAAGCCUGCUGGCCCAAUGGCUGGCCGCCAGCGCCGCCGGCGCCGCCGCUUCGCCGGGCGUCUUCAACGCCCAACUUGUCUCCGCCUACCUGCGACUGCUCGCUUCCACGCCAGUGGCGUCAACGUCGACGACAACGGCGACGGCGACGGCGACGGCGACGGUGAUGGCGACGGAUGAAGACGAGCACGGCGUCGCGAACACGCCCGAUCUGCUGCAGCAUCCGAUCUCGCCGAUGCCGACGGCUCUGCUGGCCGGUCUGGCGAGUCUGGAGGCGCCGUUUCUGCUGCGUCUUCGCCACCGGCCGGCCGUGCAGGCCGUCUUCCACGGCCUGACG